UGUGGCGGUAGGGGAGGACUCCUCUCUAUCACUCUCAGUCUGUCUUAAGUUUCUCUCUUUCUCUUUUUUCACACACACUUGCAAUACCCCUUCUUUCAAUCUCCACAUCUUCCUGAACAUAUAUAUACGUAGGUUAUCCAAUAAUAAGGCUGAAAUCGGUUCUUUCAGCGCUGAAGAUCUGUGGAAGAUAUCUUCUCGCAACUUGGAAUUAUUUUACUUUGCUUUUACUAGUUGUUGGUUGAAGUUUCAUCCUUCAACAUGAAGUCGUUGGUUUUCGUAGUUUUGUUUGUAGCUGUUGAAGUGCGCUCAGCCAUCAUCAGGGAAGGAGUUGAAAUCCCAACCUACAGUGUACCAUGCAAAAGGACAGACCCCAAACUCGACCAGUGUAUUCUUAAGGGAUUGAGGGCCUUCAUUGCUGCUGUAGCUAAAGAUGGAGUGAAGGAGAUCGGAGUGCCUCCACUUGAUCCCUUCUACAUGCCAGAGCUCCUCACCACCUACAAGAACAAUGACAUGCAAGCGAGUGUACUUCUCAAGAACAUUUUCACACACGGAGCAAUGAAUGCUGAAAUCAAGGCAAUCAGGAGCGACUUCAGCAAUCCCGAGAAGAUUAUAAUUGAAGCUGACACACACAGCAACGAAAUGUUCUCAGAAGGAACUUACAAAAUGGAGGGCAAAGUUGGAAACUUUGUACUGAAUGGACGUGGAGUUUACAAUGUAACCAUGUACAACAUUGAUGACACAGUCCAUGUUGAACUGAAGGUUGUUGAAAUUGACGGAGAGGAAUUCCUGAAAGUUACGAAAGUAAUGGUAGACCCCGAGAUCGGAGACAUGAAGAUGUAUGCUUCAAACCUCGUCAACGGAAACCCUGAACUUUCUAAAAUCGCAAACCAAUUCGCCAACCAAUUCUGGAAACUGUUCUACAAGGAAAUGAUGCCCAUUGCUCAAGAAAACGUUGACAAAAUCGCCAAAAGUCUGAUGAACAAAGCUUUGCUAACAAUCCCAUACAACCAGCUCCUUCCUAACUAAACGGCUGAUUGUGAUCUCAUCUAGCAAAAUAGUGUUUCAUCUCACGAAAAAAUUUCAACAAACAAAAUACCAUCGAAUCAUUCUUUUCUCCAUGUUUAGUUUGUAAUAAUUUAACUAUCUUUUGUAAAUAGGUAAGCUUAUAAUAAAUUGAAAAACAUUAAAAAUAUUUGUUCAAAUUAUU